GAAACGGUUUUGAGUAAGAAUUGAGCAGCUCUCAGAAGACGCUCAAUCUUCAAUCGUCACUCUCCCGAGGAAAGAUGAGCGUCACUGUUCUGGUCGCAGACGCCGUCUGGUCGAACAUCGAAUCUACCGGCUCAGUAACUGAAGAACAGCUCUCAAUUCUUUUGGCAUGUGGAGGAUACUACUGCUUGCAUUUGUUGUUUGGUAAGAACCUUGAGAAAGCGACCAGAAUAAUCGACAAGAGAGGCGUCAAGAAAAUCUCUGGAUUACCCAGUGGAAGAUCCAUCUUUCAGGUUGUUGGAGAAUCUCAAAAGAGGGAAGAGUAUCUCUGCUUCCCAGGAGAUUACUGUGGAUGCUAUUCUUUCUUCUAUGAUGUUGUUAGCAGAGGAGAACAGCAAUGUUGUAAGCAUCAAUUGGCUGCGAGGAUGGCUUCUUCUUUGGGUGCAUACAGCGAGAUUGAGGUAUCAGAUGAGCAGCUUGCCGUGAUGCUUUCAAAGAUCUGAAUCUUUCCAUGCAAUGUAUUUGUGCAAUUGUGCUGCAAAGUUAUGUCUCAAGAAUACAUAAGUAUUCGUGCUAGCAACCUCAUGUGACAAAAAAAAUCAAUGUCACAAGAAAAUUAAGAGCUUAAUCCCACCAAUUAUGGAGUAGUUUUUUUUCUUCAA